AUGGCUCAGGCAACCAGAGAAGGAGACUUCAUUUGGUCCGAGCCACUCUCAGUCAGCAUCCCCAUCCAUGCCACCCAGCUCAUCUUUGUCUGCAGCGAGCAUCACGGUUUCACGCAGAAGAUGCGAACAACCCUCUCGUUCCACGGCCAGGCGCCACACGUGCGCCGGUUCAUCAUGCGCCCUGGCCAGCAUCCCAUCUCCCGAGAGCGCCUGGGCCCGCUCAACGCCGUCUCCAGCUCGGGCCUGAGCCUCAACCCGGUGCGACCAACCCUGACCUUCGAGUUCAAGUUCUGGAGCCCCACGAGUGCCCGCGGGAUUCCGGACCCCGGACCCCCAAUCGUCAGGAUCGCACUCAAGGGCGCCAUGCGUAUCGGCUCCGGGGACUUGCUGUGGACCGACCCGUGGAUUGAGGUGCUGCCGCAGUCUGAUGCCCAGGGGCGUCCGCUUCCCCGCCAGGGCUUGCUGCGCCUCACGGUCGAUGCGACUCUGGAGGGCUGA